ACUCCAGCUUAGAGUGUGAGAGAUCCGUCCCGGUGGGAGGGACCCGGGCUCGUGGGGGACGGAUGGGGGAACAAGGGGGAGUGGGGCUGGGGAAGCUUCUGGGAACGUUUGCUCUAGGAAUUGAGCUAAACUAAGAAAAAUUGGUCCAAGGCUCGGCACAAAAGGAUCUUUUCACGCUAGUCCUUUCGCCCACGCAGCGAACGAUGCCUCUGGAGGUGGUGGUGGAGCUGCAGAUCCGGGCGAUUUCUUGCCCAGGGGUGUUCCUGCCUGGCAAGCAAGAUGUGUACCUCGGGGUCUACCUCCUGAAUCAGUACCUGGAGACAAACAGCUUUCCUUCUGCGUUCCCCAUUAUGAUUCAGCAAAGCAUGAGAUUUGAAAAGGUAUUUGAAAAUGCAGUAGAUCCUGGAGCUGUAGCAGACAUUUUGGAAAGCUCCCUAACCAGGUUUGAAUUAAUACAGCUAGUUCCUCCAGUGUGGGAUGAGUUGGCCUGCUAUGAAGAAAACACACGGGAUUUUCUUUUCCCUGAGCCCAAGCUGACACCUUUAUAUCCUAGGAGGUAUAGGGAGGUGCUCAUGAAGACGGCUCUAGGUUUUCCGGGCAUUGCUCCCAAAAUAGAGUUUUCUACAAGGACAGCCAUCAGAGAAUGUGUGUUUCUGCACAGAAACAGAUUUCUUGAAGAAAGACAUGAGUCACGAAGGCCUUUAUUUACAUCACAUGAACCAAUAUUAAAUACUAUAAAGAUGAAACCAAAGGAGAAUAAUCUCAAUAGACUGCCCAAAGGCAUGCAAGCCCGGGCUCCCUCUCCAUAUUCUACCAGGCAUUUCUUCCAGGACCAGCCAGCUCAGUUGAACCUUGGAAAUAAUUUCAAAAUCUUUGGAGGAAGCAAGCCUCCAUUCGUUGUUAGACAUGUGGACAGUGCAAAGCCCUUUGGUGAGAAUAUUUCAGAGCAUCAUUUGAGGAGGUCUAGAAGAAAAUCUAAGUUUUCAGACUUUCCGUUCCCAAUGAGAAGAGCUUCUUCUCUUGACAGCCUUGCAGCUAACAUAAAGAUUAUUAAAGAGCCAGAUGAACGGAUUGUUUUAAGGAGCGAGUCAACAUCACGUUUAGAUUCAAGUAAAUUUGGAAAGCCCUCACCCAGUAAACAAGGGGUUGCCAGUUUCCAUGGGAAAGCUUCAUUUUCUACCUCCCAGCACUCCAGAUCUCCUGGCCCCCUGGAUCAGCCCCUUCUCCGAAAAAGGUUCCAUCCUGGUUCUCAGUCCACAUGGAAGAAUAUCCAUGAGAGGGUAUGCAGUCUUCUGACAGCCCACAGAGCUCAGCAGCACAAAAACAAGGAAGAUUCUACGUCUGAAGUAAAUUAUAUCAUCGAAAGACAAAGCUACCCUCUGAAGCAAUACCCACUGCGUGAACAGAGAUAUUUUUAAGCUACUGUCUUAUAUAAGUAAGCAGCUUAAGUGCUUUUCCUUAUCUUGAUUUGCUAAAAGACUUUCAGUUUCAUCCUUUCAAUAUGAAGUAACUAGAAAGUUUGGAGGAUGGGAGACUUGGAAUAGACCCAAGAACCAUGUUCUUUCCUCACUCUAUAUAAUAAUGGCAGUGCAUGUGUCUUCCAGCUCUCUUGAUUCCUCUUGUAAUCAUUUCCCCUGACCCCAACAUCACCCUUUAUCUAAUGGACCUUCCGGCAUUCUUUCAGUUCUUUGAACACGAGCUCUUUCCUGCUGUGGGGUCUUUGUACAUGUUGUUUUCUACAUCUGGACUAUGUCUUCCUGACUCUGCUUGGAUAACUCCUAUUUGUCCUUCUAGCCUCAUGACUUUCUAUGACACAACACUCCCUCUCCCUCUGAUGUGUACCCUUUAGCACCCUGCAUUUUUCCUUCGUAAAUUAUGACGCAAUUUAUUAUUAUA